GGGCGCCCUCCGGCCUUCCUCCGGGAGGCUGUGGCCGUCCCCGGCGUGGGCUCGGCCGCCUGGCGACACGACGGGAGCAGCGAGCGGCAGGGCCUCCCCGGAGGACAUCCGCUGUCCGCCUUGGGCUCCCGAGGGCUGUCCAGGGAGGCUCGGAGCUGCAUUUUAGUAAUCCAAAGACAACUUCACACCUAUGUAAGACAACAAGAAAGGCCAGGAAACAUCAGCAAACGGAAGUGUGAAGCCUGGUAAGAAGAUGAGCAUUUCGGGAAGCAGCUGUGGAAGCCCCAACUCUGCAGAUGUGUCCAGUGACUUCAAGGAACUCUGGACAAAACUAAAAGAAUAUCAUGAUAAGGAAGUACAAGGUUUACAAAUAAAAGUAACCAAACUGAAAAAGGAACGAAUUUUAGAUGCACAGAGACUAGAAGAAUUCUUUACCAAAAAUCAGCAGCUGAGAGACCAACAGAAAGUCCUUCAGGAAACCAUUAAAAUUUUAGAAGAUAGGUUAAGAGCAGGACUGUGUGACCGCUGUGCAGUAACGGAAGAGCAUAUGCACAAAAAGCAGCAGGAGUUUGAGAACAUCCGGCAGCAGAAUCUCAAGCUUAUCACGGAGCUGAUGAAUGAAAAAAAUACUCUUCAGGAGGAAAACAAAAAGCUUUCUGAGCAGCUGCAGCAGAAAAUUAAAAAUGGCCAACAGGAUCAAGUAGCUGAGCUUGAAUGUGAGGAAAACAUUAUUCCUGAUUCACCAAUAACAUCCUUUUCAUUUUCUGGCACUAACGGGCUACGAAGAAAGGAGAAUCUCCAUGUCCGAUACAUAGAACAAACACAUACUAAAUUGGAGCACUCUGUGUGUACAAAUGAAUUAAGAAAAAUUUCCAGGGCUUUAGCUCCUGCACCACAGAACUCUGAGGAACAUGAAAUUCUCGUGGCUGACACUUGCACUCAGAGUCACUCUCCACUUUCUAAAAUAUGCGGAACAAGCAGUUAUCCCACUGAUAAGUCACCUUUUAAUUUAGACACUGUUGUUGCUGAAACACUUGGAAUUAAUGUUCAAGAAGAAUCUGAACACCAAGGUCCUGCGAGCCCUCUUGGGGAUGAGCUCUACCAGUGUCUUGAAGGAGAUCACAAAAGACAGCCUUCGGGGGAGUCUACAGGAAGUAGUGAAGAUAGUUUAAGAUUUUCAGACUCUGCGGCAAAGACACCUCCCCAAGAAUUUACUAUUCGGGUCUCAUCACCUGUAUUUGGAGCUACCUCUACUGUGAAAACUCAUUUGGGUUUGAAUACAAGUUUCUCCCCUUCUCUCUUAGACAUUGGGAAAAGAAACCUUUUGAAGACCGCUCCCUUUAGCAACACUUCUGUUUCUAAAUCAGAGAAAGCUAGGUCAAAAUCUGAGGACAGUGCUCUUUUCACACAUCAUAGUCUUGGGUCUGAAGUGAACAAGGUCAUUAGCCAAUCAUUUCCUAAUAAGCAGAUACUUAUGAAUAAAAAUGUAAGUGAAUCCAUAGAUGAGCAGGGCAGUACUGAUCACAUUAAAGACAUUAUUACUGAUAAAUAUUUGGUGCCUUUGAAAUCACUGGGAGGCAAAGCAUCCAAAAGGAAGAAGACUGAGGAAGAGAGUGAGCAUACAGUAAACUGUCCCCAAACCUGUGUUGAUAAGGAAAACACUGGUAGCAGCCAUUCACGAUUAGGAGAAACAGUGGACAUGGACUGUACGUUGGUCAGUGAAAGCGUGCUUUUAAAGAUGAAGAAACAAGAGCAGGAAGAAGAAACUCCAAAUGGAGAGAUAAAAAUGGAUGAUAGCUUAGAAGAAAUGUUUGACCAGACAACACAUGAAGAAUAUGAAUCCUGUUUGGCAGAUAGCUUCCCCCAAGUACCAGAUGAGGAAGAAUUGUCUGCUGCCGCAAAGAAACCAAACGUACAUGGUGAUCAACAAGAUAAAGUCAAGCAGAGAGCAUUUGUGGAGCCAUAUUCUCAAGACAAAGAGAGAGAAAGUACCAUACAGAAUUUUCCUCAUAUUGAGGUAGUUCGGAAAAAAGAAGAGAGAAGAAAAUUGCUUGGACACACAUGUAAGGAAUGUGAAAUUUACUAUGCAGACAUGCCAGCUGAAGAAAGAGAAAAGAAAUUGGCUUCCUGCUCCCGACACCGGUUCCGCUACAUUCCCCCCAGCACUCCAGAGAAUUUCUGGGAAGUUGGUUUUCCUUCUACUCAGACAUGUCUGGAAAGGGGUUAUAUCAAGGAAGAUCUUGAUCUUUGCCCUCGUCCCAAAAGACGGCAGCCUUACACUGCAGUGUUUUCUCCAAAGGGCAAGGAACAGAGGACCUAGAUGUUGGAGCAAAAGCAGAGCAGAAGACCUUUUUUUUUCAUGUUAGUUAUUUAUAGUUAAAGUUGUAAUAAACAUUAUCUUUGGUUUUUUGAUCUUCUA